CCCUCUUUUUUUCUUCCCGAAACCCAGAAGAAACCCUCUGGCGGCUGCGAGACCCGUUGGUUCCUCUUCGCCCCCAUCUCUAUCCUUUUUACUCAUAUCUCUCUCUUUAUUUAGGGUUUUUUUUCCCUUUGAUUUUCAUCUCUUUAAACCCUUAAAUCCCCUCCAUACCCAGUUCUUCGUUCUGGGAUUUUAGGGUUGUUUUCUGUUCAUUUUGAUAUCAGUUCAUCACCCACUUUCGUUUGCUCUAUAUCCCCUUCGUUUGCUUUUGUCUCAGCUCACCGAGAUCUACUUCCAUGGCUACCGUUGCUUCACCUCCUUCUACGGAUCCUGCAGAUUUGCUGCAGAAGUUAUCAUUGGAUGCUCAGGCCAAGCCUGUUGAGAUUCCAGAGCCAACGAAAAAGCAAUCCGCUAAUCAAUAUGGCUCCAUUGAUUCUGGCAAUUCUGCUAUUAGUCAGAUUCCAAAUGAACGGUCUGUGACUCCAUUUUUACAGGACUUCAUGGAUCCAAGCAUGUGCUAUCUUCCUAAUGGAUAUCCAUCUUAUUACUAUGGAGGUUUUGAUGGGACUGGUAAUGACUGGGAUGAUUAUUCAAGAUAUACGAAUUCAGAUGGGGUUGAAAUGACUUCUGGAGUUUAUGGGGAUAAUGGAUCUCUUAUGUAUCACCACGGGUAUGGAUAUGGACCCUACGGUCCUUAUUCACCUGCGGCGUCUCCGGUUCCCUCUAUGGGGAACGACGGUCAGCUGUAUGGACCUCAGCACUAUCAAUAUCCUCCAUAUUUUCAGCCUCUUACUCCAACCAGUGGGCCUUAUAAUCCUAGUCCUACAGUUCCUCCAACCCAGGGAGACAUUUCUACCUCUGCAGCCACUGAGCAGAAGCCGGUUCCAGUUGAAACGGCUAAUCCGAAUGGUAAUAGCUUGACAAAUGGUGGGGGAACAAAGGGAAACAAUGUUGCAGCUCCCUUAAAAUCUACUUAUCAAAAUUCAACAUUUGGUUCGAAUGCGUAUGCAAGGAGUGCUAUGCCAGGACAUAUUCCUACUUCGGGUUAUCAGGAUCCCAGAUAUGGUUUUGACGGGUUGAGGUCUCCUUUCCCAUGGUCGGACGGUCCACUGUACUCAGAUGGACAGUCCAGGCUUGUCAACAACUCUAAUAUCACCUCUUCUAUCUCAAAUGCGAACAACAUACCGUCUUCAAGGAAUCCAAGUUUCCGUCCUGGCUCUCACUAUGUAGGUUAUCCUGAUCCUAGACCCAUGUCAGGAAUGAAUACCACCCAGGGUUACUUGAAUAGGAUGUACCCGAAUAAGUUGUACGGUCAAUUUGGAAACACGGUCAGAUCUGGUGUUGGGUUCGCCUCACAUGGUUAUGAUUCUCGAUCUAAUGGACGUGUGUGGCUUGCAGUGGAUAACAAAUACAAGCCCAGGGGACGAAAUGGUGGUUAUUAUGGAUAUGGAAAUGAGAACAUGGAUGGUUUGAAUGAGCUGAAUAGGGGACCCAGAGCCAAGGGUAGCAAGAACCAGAAGGGAUUCGUGCCUGUUCUAGCGGUGAAGGGACAGCUUUUACCGCCUAUGAAUGCUACAGAAGAGGAAGAAAAAGAUAAGGUGUCGACUCCAGACCGAGACCAAUACAACAAAACAGAUUUUCCCGAGGAAUAUGUUGAGGCCAAAUUCUUUGUUAUUAAGUCGUACAGCGAAGAUGACGUGCAUAAAAGCAUCAAGUAUAAUGUUUGGGCUAGCACACCUAAUGGAAACAAGAAACUCGAUGCUGCUUACCAGGAAGCUCAAGAGAAGGCUGGCGGUUGCCCCGUUUUUCUUUUCUUUUCGGUCAAUACCAGUGGGCAAUUUGUUGGCCUUGCUGAGAUGGUAGGACCGGUGGACUUUCAGAAGAACUUGGAGUACUGGCAACAAGACAAAUGGAACGGCUGCUUCCCUGUUAAGUGGCAUAUAGUGAAGGAUGUUCCCAACAGUCUAUUAAAACACAUUAUUCUUGAGAACAAUGAGAACAAGCCUGUUACCAACAGCAGAGACACACAGGAGAUCAAGCUGGAGCCUGGACUUAAGAUGGUAAAAAUCUUCAAGGAGCACGCUAGCAAAACAUGUAUUUUGGACGAUUUCGGUUUCUACGAAACCCGACAAAAGACAAUCCAAGAGAAGAAAGCCAAGCAACAGCAGUUCAAGAAACAGGUUUGGGAAGGGAAGCCUAUCGAUGAGAAGAAGGAAGUUUCCGACGUAGUAGUGGACGUGAAAACACCAAAGCCAGUUGAAGCCUCAGACGAUUUAGUAAAGGAGGAGACAAAGAUCUCUGAGAAUGGAUCAGUUACAACGACAACAAAACCAGUGACGACGACAACAACAACAACAGCAUCAGAGAAGAGAAGUGGUGUAGCAAAUGGAUACUAAGUGCACGGGGUCAGUCGAGCCGAGCCAAGCCGAGCCCUCUUCUUCUUCCUUCCUCCCCCUGCAGUUUAUAAUCGAGCUUCUUGUCGUCGGAACAAGGAGCUUUGUCAGAAGUUUUGCUGCUUUGGAUAUAUAAAAAAAAAAAAAAAAAAA